AUGACUUCUGCCCCGACAAUUCUGGCAACGUGCAAACAGACACGGUUCCAUCUGCUAGAUGAUAAUCCUUCGCGGGAGAUUGACGUGGAGGGGCUGAACAUUAUAGUUACAUCUUCUGCUGGAUCCACAGAAGAUGCAUCGAAACCAAAGGCAAAAGGGAAAUCAAAGGCCAAGCCUGCAGGAAGAGAGCUUAUCUCGGAUGCCCACUUACGACUCAAGGCGGGCGUCCACUACGGACUGCUAGGUCGUAAUGGGACUGGGAAGUCAACGCUCCUUCGAGCAAUGGCCGAGAAACUCAUUCCUGGCAUCACGCAUGCGACUCGGAUUGCAAUUUUGCAGCAGACCGAUGAUCAGGACGAUGGUUAUCUUGGAGGAAACUUUAGUCAGGACAAAACUGUCUUGGAAUCAGUCCUUGGCAGCGAUGAGACUAAGAACGAGGCUGUUCACACGGCAGAAUUUCUAUCGAAGAGCUUUGAGGCCGAAGACCCGAUGCAGCCCGUACGAGCAAUUCGCAAGCUCCGUCAUCAGAAAGCCGAGAAGCAGCUUUUUCUGGCACAUAAGAAUGCAAGCCUGAAGAGCGGCGCACGAGGUCUACAGGCGAGAAAGGAGUUGAAGGCAGCCGAGGCAAAAUUUGAAGCUGCAUCGGAAAUGCUGGCCCAGGAUGUAGAUGCCAUUGACGCAGAGACUGUGCAGUCAGAUACCCAAUCCGCCGUUGAGACAUUACAGAAUUUACAGUCUCAACUCGAAGACAUGAAACUUGCCGAUCUGGAGCAACAGGCCCGUCGGGUUCUCCUUGGUCUCGGUUUCAAGGAAGAUGGGCUGGGGAAGAAGGUCUCCACCCUCUCAGGUGGUUGGCGUAUGCGAUGCAUGCUGGCCAGUGUUCUGGUCCAAGAUCCAGACAUCAUGAUUCUCGAUGAGCCCACCAACUUCUUAGAUCUUCUGGGAGUAGUGUGGCUGGAAACCUAUCUCAAACAGCUCCGCGAGACAUCGGAGACCACAAUCGUCUUGGUUUCACACGACAGGGACUUCAUCAAUGCUGUCUGCGAGGAGAUUGUGAUUCUACGAGAUCAGAAGCUCACGUACUUCAGAGGAAACCUGUCCGCAUACGAGCAAGAUUUUGAGGAACAGAAGCUGUACCUUGGACGCAUGAAAGAGGCACAGGAGCGGCAAAUUGCUCACAUGGAAGCUAGUAUCAGGGAGAAUAUGAAGAUCGGGAAGAAGACCAACGACGAAAACAAACUACGGCAGGCGAAAUCGCGGCAGAAGAAGGUCGACGAUCGGAUGGGUCUUCAAGUAAGUGCGAGAGGCGGCCGGUUCAAAUUAAACCGUGAUCUAGUCGGGUGGCAUGAGCAUAACCGAGCAGAGAUCGAUGUUCCGGUGGAUGAGAAAGGCGCGAUUAUGAGUUUACCCGAUGCAACGGAGUUGCGUUUCCCGGGUCCCCUGGUAUCGCUCGAGGAUAUUGUGUUUCAGUACAAGAAAUCUGAUCGGAUUAUCUUGGACGACGUGAACUUGGUAGUUCACCUGGGUGAUCGUGUCGGGAUCAUGGGUCUCAAUGGAUCCGGGAAGACAACUCUACUGCGCGUGUUGACGGGACAGGUACUGCCUUCCAAGGGCAAGGUAUCAACUCACUCCCGGCUAAAACUGGGCUACUAUAGCCAGCACUCCGUCGAGGAAUUGCAAGAACGUGGCCGAGGCGAACCCGGUCUAACUGCACUGGGCUUGUUGACGAUUGAGACCGAGGGGUCCUUGAAUGAGGGUGCUAUCAGAGGUCUACUUUCUUCAAUGGGGCUAUCAGGGCGUACUGCAUCUGAUGUACCCGUCUGCAAGUUGUCAGGUGGACAAUUGGUCCGCCUUGCAUUGGCUCGAAUUGUCUGGAGCGCACCGCAGCUUCUCAUUCUCGAUGAGAUCACCACUCAUUUGGACUUCCACACAGUCACUGCAUUAGCUACGGCUCUCUCCUCCUUCAGCGGCGCUGUGCUUCUAAUUUCCCACGAUCGUUUUCUUGUUCGGUCUGUGAUCGAGGGCAAGCGAGACACCGAGCACAAACUUGAUGAGGAUUUCGAAGGGGUAGAGGAGGAACAGACCGAGGAAACGCAGAGGCGGCGGUCAGUCUUCGUGAUCAAACAGGGUAAGAUGACCGAACAGAGAACUGGCGUGGAGCAGUUCGAGCAGAGUCUCGUGAAGCGAGUGCAUAGGUUAUUACCGGCUCUAUAG